GCGUGCAGCCUGCCGGAAAUUCAUUAGAAGAAGAAGAAGAAGUAGCCCAGUCUACUUCCGGGUACAGAGAAAACAAAUACAAGGCUGUCUUCUAUUUCAUACGAGCAUGUAACUCAGAUGGUAGCGAUGACAUAACGGACAUUUGCUUCUUAAAAUCAUCUUCUGACGACCUUAGCAAAUACAAUCAAAAACAAACAUGACAGAGCCUCGCAACCCAGGAAUGUCCAUUCCUCAGACAGCCCCAACGCACGCUGAGUCCACCUCUACUGCUGUAGAGAUGGACCCGGUGGAGUACACACUUAGGAAACGCCUUCCCAGGAAACUCCCCAAGAGACGGAACGACGUCUAUGUCAACAUGAAGACUGACUUCCGGGCCCAGCUUGCACGCUGCCAGAAGCUGCUGGAAAGUGGGGGUCACAGAGAGAUCUGUGUGCACGGCCUGGGCCUGGCCAUCAACAGGGCCAUCAACAUCGCUCUUCAGCUGCAGGCCAGCAGCCAGGGGGUGCUGCAGCUGGCAGCUAACACCUCCACAGUGGAGCUUGUGGACGACCUGGAGCCUGAAGAUCCGGAUGAGGCAGGGGAGCCAAUGACUCGUACGCGCAACAACUCGGCCAUUCACAUUAAGGUUUUUUAUCCUGACCCUCAGUGACCUUAAAAGGGGCCUCUAGGUUCCCUGGAAUACUAGUAGACAAAAUUACAUUGUGGUCUGGUGGGACUAUAUGUGUGGAGUUCUAUAAAGACUGCAGCUCAUUAGAUACACCCUUUUCAAUUUGCAUGUCUUGAAACAGCAGCAGUGUUGACCAGUUUGAAACAUAGUUGUUUAUUUCUAUAUUUUUUGACAUGGCUGUGCCAAAUGUAAAUCUGUGCAAGUGUCUUUAAUUUUAAGGCUUAAGAGUCUGUGAACGUGUUUACAGCUUGAUGUCUGGGUGUUUAAAAGAUGCUUAAACUUGGGCAAACUAAGAAAUGGGAUGUUUACAGUUCAAGCUGUUGUUUUCCUUAAUGUCCACAAGAUGGCAGUGUUGUACCUAUUUUUAAAUUAAGUUUCAUUGUCAUUAACUGCUGCCUUGACCUUUCUUCGAAUGUAUUUUAUUAAAUGUCAGAAUACAAUUUUGAGUCUGAGAUAAACUUAAAGCUAUUACUUUAGAUGACAACACAAUUCAACAAGCACAAAUUUGAUUGUGGUGUUAAUCAGGACGACCAGUCAGGUCUGUGACAGCAGCUUGUGUUCAACAUCUGAACUGCAGAAGUUUAACUAAACCGAUGUGACUGAGACAGAGACCAUGAAUAAAAAGGACAAACUUCCCCUUG